UUUCAACCACCCCUUGCAGGGCUUCCACCUCGAUCUAAGCCUCCUUUCCAUCCCGCUCGUCAAUUGGUUCCUACCGCACAUAAAAAUCACUGCCCGGCUGACUAUAAACCUUUAAUUCCCGUCCCCGCUUUUGUCAUAUUAGAGGAGUUAGAGCCGGUGAUGUCCAUGCCAAUGUCCAAGAAGUUUCCGCUCACUAGGCUUCAGACCCAUCAUCCCCACUUUCUUUGGGAUCCUGUGUUAAACUUAUUGUUGACUAGUCGUUCUUGGUCCGAGCGUCUUCUUUUUGCUGUCCUAGCCCAAUCUAUUAAUCUUCCCAGGGACCACACAGCAGUAUUUUACCCACCAACUUUUGCCAUGAUGUUCUCUUCCGGUGCUUCGAGAGAGUUCGACAAUGAUCUCAGGGGGACCAGGGACAUGUACCAGGCAAGCAAUCAUCUCUCCUUGUCUAAGCUGACUCGGUAUUACUUUAUUGGCUAG